CUGGAGGUGAUCACUGAGAGCACAUGGCGGGAAACGUGAAGCUCUAGUGUUGAGUCUAUCAUGAACAACUAUGUGAACCAGUAAAUUAUUCGAGGUUUCUUAGUAAAAAACGAUACUGUAAUUCAGUCAUUCCUGUUUGCCACAACACUAGCAAAAUAUCAGCUGUUCUCCAUGAAUUAGAAACAGUUCAUAAAGAACAAAUCCUCAACAAUCGCAAGUAUCUUUGUGUAAUCAUCGAAUCCCUCAUCUUUACAGCUCAACAAAACAUUGCACUUAGAGGACAUGAUGAAAAAAGAUAAAAAAUUGGAGAAAUUUCAGACACGAAUAGAGAUAACUUUUUAGAAUUAUUACAAAUCAGGUGCAAGGACCUCCUUUGGCUCCAAGGAAAAUUGCAGUCAUCUUCAGGUGCAUUAUCAAUGGACAUCACCAGAUAUCCAUACUGAAUUAUUAGAGAUCGUGUCAAAUUUCGUUGUAGAGCUUAUCAUCUCAGAUGUGCCGUCGAGUGGGAAGCUUGGAAUAAUUUUGGACGAGAUCUCGGACACCAGUCUGAACCGAACAUUUCAUCACCAAGUCAUUAAACCACAACAUCUUGAAGCUGUAGUGGAUACUCUCCCCUUCAACUGCCACUGCCGUUAGCCGAUCCCGCGACGAAGUUUCUCUGACAAGCCUAGCUGUCUAGACUCUCAUCAAGUUUCUCUGAUAAGCCUAGCCAUCUAGAAUCGUGGGGGGGGGGGGUCGACACUGGCGACGCUUACUCCCGGUGGACGUGUAUAUAAGCUCCCAGCCUCGCCGUGAAGUCCAUUCUACCUAGAGCCCUGCAACACACAACACCUCCUCUAAGGAAGCUCCUGCACAACAACUCCUCUACCACGCAGCAACUUCCCAGCACCAGACUGUUUUGUAUAUAAUAUAUUUAUAUAAGAAAACUGCCAUUAAGAGUUUCCCGUCUCCAACCCAUCCUCAGUGCGAGACAUCAUAACGUUAACACUACAAAUAGUGACCCCGUAGUGACGCACUCACACAGGAUGGAGGAGAAACGGAUCACUCUCCCAGUCUUCAAUCACAACAUUGAAGACUGCAGCUCAACAGCUACAGACAAACAGAAGUACGUUGCCCUGGUCUGUUCCCUGCUGCCCACAGAAGUCGCCACACAAGUAGCAGAAGUCAUCACCAACCCUCCAACUGACGACAAAUUCGCAGCUCUACGAGAUGCUCUCGAGAGGCGAUACCAGCGGCCUGACACCAAUAUCCUGCAAGACCUAUCCGACUUGUCCCUCGGCAACUCAACACCUGGACGUCUCUGGGACGAGAUGCAGAGACUGAACUCUUGCCACAGAGACAGGCUUCCUGACAGUAUCCUGCACGAGCUUCACACUCAGAAGCUCCCUGUAGAAGUUCGUGUCAUCCUCUCGGCAUUGGACUUCUCUACUACCUCGGCAACCUAUGCAGCCACGGCAGACAGAGUAUUCCGUCAAUGCCAAACUGUGGACCAUGCUGCCGCGAACAACUCAGCGGUCUCACCGUCACUUUCUUCCAAUGUUGUCGAUCAGAUCAACGCUCCCUGGACAAGUAACACUACACAAGACACGAGGGACCUGCUACAGUCUCUGCACCGCAGGAUGGACACCAUCGAGCAGCUCUACUCCAUCAAUCCUGCUGCUGAUCCUGCCCCUGCCCCACGCACUGUGUCCUACCGACACCGACAUCCCCUUCCUGCCUUAAACGCCGCCGCCAGCCCCCAGCACAGUGUACCUUCCUUCUGUUGGUACCAUCAACGUUUUGGUGCUAACGCUAGACACUGUGAGGCUCCCUGCAACUACACAAGGAAACAACAUCGACGGGAUUGAUAGACGCCACAACCUCCGUCACUUCAGGCAUUUCACUGCUGCAUAUCACCGACCGCAUCUCAGGCAGGAAGUUCCUCGUUGACACAGGGACAUCAGUCAGCAUCAUCCCUCCCUCGCCGCAAGACACAUCAAAGCAACCCUCUUACGACUUGUUCGCUGCCAACGGGACCCCCAUCGCUUCCUACGGCACAUACAUCCUCGCCUUAGACCUUGGUCUUCCUAAGACUCUGCGCUGGUCCUUCGUGGUGGCAGAUGUCUCUCAACCCAUCCUUGGGUUCGACUUCCUCACCUUCCACUUCCACAAACUCGUUGUCAACCCAAGCAACCUCUGCCUCAUCCAUGAGCCUACAGCACACACGAUCCGGGGUACACGUGCCGCAGUCACCGACACUAUCAAGCAGCACACCACACGCCUUACUUCUGACCUUGACCACUUCGCUCCUGCUGCCCGUCACGACCUACUGCAAACACUACGACAGGCAGUUUCUGCAUUCAAGGCUACUGCCCCACGCCAGCCUUCCUAUCGCCCUGAACACAUUCAUCCCGCACCUCCUUUGCCUGUCUGCCCACAAUUGCCACUUGCAGCACCACCUCGCCCACAAUAUUUCUGCGUACCCUCUUUCCAUCCUCAGGUACCUACUGCUCCUGAUACGGACCCUGCUCCUGAUGAGGAUCCUGCAUCUGGACCUAUGGACCCAGACACCCCACCCGGCGCCACUGAGGACCUUGCACCUGCUGCCUGUUCAACCUUCUCUUUUCCACAACCCUCCUCCCUCUGCUUCUCCCACAGAUCUCAUGUCCCUAGACGGAGUCGUCACCCGUAGCGGCCGAGUAGUCCACACCCCCGCCCGUUAUGUCUCACAUGUUGGAUACAACCCUGCCGACAACAGGUGUCCUGCAGCGCUCGGAGAGGAGGGGAAGUAUUGUAGUGGAUAC